AUGAAUAUCAGACCGUGUAUCACAUUUCAGGCCGUCGAGCCACCAAGCCCUCACCUGGACGAGCGUUCCUGGGUAUGGGUUCCACGGCCUGAGACAGAAGAGGGAAGAGAACCCAACAGAGAAUCCUCGCCAUCGGAGCCAGAGGCACCCCAAAGACGACAAGCGCAGCUGUUGCCAUCCUCAGUGGACAUUUCCAUUAAUGUCACGCAAGGAAUGGCCAAAGCGACAUUAACCCAGAUCUUCUGCAACGACGCCCCAGACAAUAUCGACAAGGCGAUAUACCAAUUCCCCAUGCCGUACGAGUCGAGUGUCGUCGACUUCAAAUGCCAGAUUGGAGAGACGAAGACCCUGCAGGGGCUUGUCAGACCGAAAGCAGAGGCGAGAGAGGAAUUUGAUCAGGCACUUAGCAGCGGUCGCUCUGCUGGUCUUGUUGAGCAGGAUAGGCUGGAUGUCUUCAGGACGGAGAUUGGAAAUAUCCCGGCAAAUGCGACGGUGCAGGUUAAGCUGGAAUUUAUCUUCUUUCUUAAGUAUACCCUGGCCGAUGAUGUGACGACGACUCUCUUGACUAUUCCAACCUAUAUCGCCCCACGAUAUGGACACCCAAGCUUUGAACUGGUUAGCAAGACCGGACCACAGGACAACACUCGAUUCUCUCUGGGCGUGAAUAUUUUGAACGCCACCGAGAUCAGAAAAAUACACAGCGAUACCCACGAGGUGAUUGUCGAGAUGGAAGGGAGCCAGAGAUCUCAACACUGGGCUGAUUCUGCAUCUCCAGGCACAACAUCUGCCUCUGUGAAGCUGAAAGACGCAACCUGUCUAGACAAAGACUUUAUUCUUUCAAUAUCCGCCCAUCCAGGCGUCGACGACGAACAACCCCAAGCUACUCUCGAAAUAUCCCCCAGCGGAUCCUCCGCAAUGAUGCUCGAGAUCCCACCCGGAUUCAUACUACGAGACCAGCCCCCGAUAAAAGAGAACUCGAGGGAAAUCAUAUUCCUAGCAGACCGGUCCGGAUCCAUGUAUGAUCGCAAAAUAGCUGGACUGAAAUCAUCUCUAGAGUUCUUCCUCCACGGUCUUCCCGAAACACUAUUCAAUCUGUACUGCUUUGGGUCGAACUACACAUCCCUAUGGCGAAAAUCCAAGAAAUACAGCGACGACACUCUAACCAAAGCACUGAAAUACGUCUCCAGCUUCCAGGGCGAUAUGGGAGGCACAGAGCUCCUGCCCGCUCUCAAGGCUGUGGUUUAUGCGCGGGACAAGACGACGCCUAAUAUGGAUGUUAUUGUCCUGACGGACGGCGAAGUCUGGGAGUUGGAGGAAACGGUUGACUUCGUGCGCGAAGCGCGCGCGGAGUCUGGGGGUGCUCUUCGAUUCUUUACCAUGGGCAUUGGGGACGGGGUUUCGCAUGAGCUCGUUGAGGGCAUCGCGAGGGCAGGUGGUGGUUAUGCUGAGAUUAUUCCUCUCGUGGAUGGCGGCAGCUGGGAUGAACGUAUGGUUGCAGUGUUGAAGGCUGCCAUGAGUGGCCAUGUUGCUGGGGUUGAUAUUGAGGUAGAGGGAGUCACUAUGGAAAGCAGAGAUCUAGAUGGUACAGGAACCACAGCAGCUGUUCAGAUGUCUCCUGGAGACCUCUCAAGCAUGAGCCCCUUUAUCCGCAAUCGAAUCUAUAUACUUGCCGAGAACGAGAACAACCCGAUAAACGCGCAGUCCAUGGUAAAGAUAAAGAGGAAAUCCACCAACGGCCAGGAAACUGCCACAGAAAUUCCACUCCAUGUACUACAAAAACCGGAUUCCACACUGCACCAGUUUGCAGCCGGCGCUCUCCUCCGCGAUCUCGGUAGUGGACAAAGCUGGAUCCAACGGGGCAAACGGAUCCCUGGAUAUUUAAACGACGAGAAAGAGUUGACUCGAGAAGAGGGAGAACGUCUCGGGUGUAAAUACUCCCUGCUCUCUCAAUGGACGAGCUUCGUCGCCGUGGAGACGGAUACAGAAGAUACAGAUGGUGAGCCUUCAGAAAGGCCAGAGUACGCUACGGAGAUUGCAAACUUGGAGCCUCAGCUUGACUCGGCAGCCACAGAUAUUCAUGCGUUGCGCAACAUGCAUUACCAGCUGCAGGGAGCAAUUGACACAGUAGACGAUGGUAUGGACACAAGCAUGUAUGAUUUGGACAACGCGAAUACCCAGCUCGGGGUAGGAGUUAGCUUGGCGUCCAUUCGCUGGCGGUUUAGUCGUUUGCUUUUCCCUAUGUUCUUUUGGAGAGUAGCGAAACAUGGCUGGAUGUCCCUAAGUAACCGAUACCUGAUGGGCCUCAAGACCGAAUCGCAAUCGCAAACCGACCUGGAGGAGUCAUUUAUUCGCCGCGUGCUGAAAAUCCAAAAGUCAGCUGGUGUGUUUGAUGUACCUCAGAAGGAUGCUUUAAGAUGUUUGGGAAGUGACGUACAUGGUAUUGCGGAAGCCCUCCAUGUCAAAGGCGUCCAGUGGAAUGUUGCUGUGACGGUUGCUAUCGUUGCCUGGCUGGAGGUGAAGUUCCCUGAAGAUCGAAGCCUUUGGGUGCGAAUGGUUGAGAAAGCGAGAGAGUAUAUCCAGCCGCAUCUUGGGAUGGAGCUUGGAGAGUGUGAAGGGUCUUUGUUGGAUGUUGCUGAGAAGAUGGCCAGAGAUGCCAAAGACCCGAGUAAAGAGUCCCACGGCAUUAAUAAGGGGCAGUAA